UCUCACAGCUGUGGAGUGUUUGACUACUGACCCCAGCAGCGACUCAGAAGAAGAGAGAAGCUUUGGAUAUAAAAGCCCUUGUUCAAACAUGGAGAAUUUAAUAAGGAUAUGCAGGUAGACCUCACCUUCUUCAACAUCUGUGCUGUCGGCUAACAGACCUACAACGUUCCCACCAGCAGCGACAGCAGGGUAACACCAGCUGCCACUCCUCCUCCGAAGAACCAGCUCGUCCUCACACCUCACUGCCAGUCUUCAGAAUGUAUCAGAUUGUCCCAGCGGCUCCUGGAGAGCAGCAGGCAGGAGAAGGAUCCCGUGGCUCUCCGCUGAAGAAGAAAUUGGCUAGCGAGGGCCGGCCACUGGUGAUGGCAGGCAUGCUAGGCUGUGUGUUGGUGCUGGCUGCGGUGGUGUCCUGGUGCUACUACUCAGUGUCUCUCCGUAAAGCCCAGCUGCUGAAGACCGAGUUAUUAGACCUGAAUAAGGACGGUUUCAUCAUACGUAACUACGCCGGGGCUGUUAUGUUCACCAUGACCUUCAGGUCUGGCACUUUGGAUCUGGACUCCUGCUCGAAAGAGGGAAACAUUCUGACCUGUACGCAGUCAUAUUCUGGCAAGAUCAACUUCUUUAUACAGACCGUUCGACCAAAAGACACUGUAAUGUGCUACAGAGUGCGCUGGGAGGAGCUACAAAAUAAGCACUGGGUAGAGCAUGCCAUGGCUUAUAAUGACUCUUACUGGUAUGGAGGAGCAGAGACAGCAGCACAGUACUGGCCCAUCAAGAUCUUAGGGGAGGUGGAACCACGGCCUUUCGUCACUAGUGAUGUCUACUCUAACCGAAAUGACUUUGGGGGGAUCCUUGAGCGGUACUGGCUGUCGUCAAAUGCUACCGCAAUCAAGAUCAACGACUCUGUUCCCUUUCAUUUGGGUUGGUCAGAGAAUAACAAGACACUGAGGUUUGAGGGCCGGUACCAAUCCUCUCCUUUCAAACCACCUCACGGACAGCAGGCCUUCCCUGAACUCAGCUACAGAGUUUGCGUGGGGUCCGAUGUGACCUCUAUUCACAAAUACAUGGUGCGCCGAUAUUUCCCUAAGCCUGUCAAAGUCCCAUCUCCUGAGGUGUUCAAACAGCCAGUGUGGUCCACGUGGGCUCUCCAUAAGACCUCAGUUACCCAGGAGAAGCUGCUGCGCUAUGCCUCUGACAUCGUUAAACAUGGUUUCACAUGCUCCCACCUGGAGCUGGACGACCGCUACACCACUGACUAUGGAGAGUUUGACUUUGACCCCCAGAAGUUCCCCAAUGCCAGUGGUAUGUUUGAAAAACUCAGAGAAGACGGGUUUCAAGUGACGCUGUGGACACAUCCUUUCAUCAACUACGACUCCAUUAACUUUGGCGUCGCUGUGGAGAAGGGGCUGUUUGUCCGGGAGCCGAGCGGUGAGCUGCCCGCUCUGGUGCGAUGGUGGAACGGCAUUGGAGGUAUCUUGGACUUCACCAACCCAGAGGCCCGUGAAUGGUACUCCUCUCAGUUGCACACGCUUAAAACACGCUACGAUGUUACCUCCUUCAAGUUUGACGCCGGGGAAACAAGUUACCUCCCACGUCAGUUCAGCACCUUCGUCCCGCUUUCGGAUCCCUCUACCUUCACACGGCGCUACACGGAGAUGGCCAUACCGUUCAGCGAGCGUGCUGAACUGAGGGUGGGCUACCAGAGUCAGGACAUCUCAUGCUUCUACAGGAUUAUUGACAGAGACUCAGUGUGGGGAUACGAGCUCGGCCUCAAGUCCAUCAUCCCCACUGUUCUUACUAUUAGCAUUCUGGGCUACCAGUUCGUCCUACCUGAUAUGAUUGGAGGGAACGCGUACCCCAACCACACUGCAGGUGGGAUAAAUGGAUCACAUGGCCUGCCAGACAGAGAGCUGUACAUCAGAUGGCUGGAAUUGUCUGCGUUUCUGCCUGCCAUGCAGUUUUCUAUACCACCAUGGUCCUAUGAUGAUGAGGUGGUCCAGAUUGCACGGAAGUUCACAGAGCUCCAUGAAACCCUCGUGGCUCCAAGGGUUCUCGAACUGGCAGGAGAAGUUCUUGAUACAGGGGACCCAAUCGUGAGGCCGCUCUGGUGGAUCGCCAAUGACGAUGAGGCCGCAUACAAGAUUGACUCCCAGUUUCUGAUUGGGGAUGACCUGAUGGUUGCUCCGGUUUUGGAGGCUGGAAAACAAGAGCGGGACAUCUACCUGCCAGCAGGACGAUGGAAAAGCUACAAAGGGGAACAUUUUGAUAAAGGCCCUAUGUAUCUCACUGACUACCAUGUGGACCUGGAUGAAAUAGCUUAUUUUACCUGGGUUCACUAAAGACAUGUCUUUUUGAGCUAAGAUACCACGAUGUAACAGUGAAUGUAUACUUUCCAAAAGGGGAAAAUAAUGAUUUCAAUGAAUAACCUGCUCUUUGUUUAGCAUCCGCCCAAAGAAUUCUUCGGAUUCUCUUUGCGUCUUUAGGCUGAUUCUCGUCCUCAUGUGCCUUCCACAGCCAGUUUCAAAACCGAUCCCGGACAGUGCUGUCACCUCAGUCUUUCUAGUGACCAUUAACCAUCUGCUCCUUAAGAUUUGGGACCCUUUGUGUGAGUGGCAUAGGUGUAGUUAUUUAGCGUAACUUUUUUUUCCUCAAUCUGAAUUUUAGUGAAGAGAACUUUAGAUAACUGUGCCAUAAGAAAACAGAUUGGAGUUGGGCAAUAAGUGUCCUCCUUGACUUGGACAUAAGUGCCACGUCUCAGAGUGAUUGGUUAAACUUUUAACUAUAUUUCUAUCUGAGUCUAGAAUCAUUAAGAUGUGCUGCCAGGCAGAGGUGACUCAUUUGUAAGUCAAUUGCACAUUUUUUAAAUUAACAUUUUCAUGUGAGAAUAGUAAUUAAUGUACAUGAGUGCUACAACCAUCAACAGACUAUUAUUGUAGAAAUAUUGAACCUGUCAUUUCAGUGCCAAAAUACACAGCUUUAUGCAUUGUUUCAUGCACACAAGUUCAAUUCAGUCCUCAGGGUGCACUUAAAAGGAAACAUGAAUGUUUUUUUGUGUUGUGACAGACAGUGAGAGAUUUAAUGCUACUGCUACAAGUUUACCUUGAGAAAGAAACAGAUCCCAGAGGUAGUUUUGUGUGCUGUCCUCAUCUGCCUUGCAACUUUCAUUGCCUUAUUAAUUCAACCAGUGUGUCCUGACCUUAGCACCGAGGAUAAAGACGCUGCCUUCUGCGCACAGCGAUGCAUUGGAUAGACUGUUUGCUUUAUUUUUUUCAAGCACUGGUUUGCAAAGUGCAUGGAUUUCGCUGCUCACAAAAACGUAUUUCUAGCAUGAGCAAAAAAGCACAAGCCUGUUUAAAGUAUCUCAAUACCAAGCUUGAAAGUAAUUACAAUCCAGCACAGUUGCUGGGUAUCGACAGAAUGUGGGAUAAAGCAUUUAUUUAUGGGACUCUGUUAGUGUUUGUGACUCUGUUAGUGUUUUGUUAGAUUGAUGAAACAAUACCGCUGCAAAGAGCCUUUUUUUAUUAUUAUUUUUUCUCUUUCCUGUAGUGUUGACCAGCAGCUGACCCAAGAUGAUAGUCAGACGGGCUUUUGCUGAUUAGAUCAGGUUCAGAGGGAAUUGCACAUCGUUGGGGCAGAAGGGGUGAAAAAGUAAAUGAGCUGUGAAAAUAUUUCAGCUGUUCAAAUGUUCCAAAGGCUUUGAUCGCAGGAUGUCAAGUGCUUGAUAUGCAGAUAUUAUCCGGGUGAGCAUGGAUUAAAGGGAACUUUAUCAUUACACUGAAUAAAAUAAUUAGCCAAUAGGAGAAUUUCAAGUGUGACCUACGCAUGAAAUGCCAAAUCUGAGUAUGUUUUUCUCUUAAAAUGUGAGCAUUUUAACUGGCUGUGAAUGAAGGCUUGCUCAUGAAAGUUGACUGCUGAUGAGAGGAAAAAUGUACCUGUUUCUUUUUAGUUAAAGCAUUGAGCACGUUUGUAAGUGUAACUAAUUGAGAGCUGCGUAUUGCUCUUUAUGAUUUAGUUUAAAUUACUUUGUGAUUGUAUUUAAAAGUGUAUAAGCAAAAAGGCUGUUUGCAGUGUGCCAACUGAGCUGUAAUUGUCACAGUAAUAAGAACCUCUCCAGAUAUUUUUUGAAAGGUGAAAUGCUUAAAGAAAUAAAUAUUUUGGCAGACUUCCU